GAGGAUAAGGAUCGCUAGAUAUAGCAAAAGAGCAUUAGCAGCUGGGGCCGCAUUGAUGGUAAAUGAGCGGGCGCUCAUGCAAAUUUAGAUCCUGAAUCUGGAGGCGGAAAUCUGAGGGGGGAUCGGAGAAAAGUUGGAUGGUAGGUUGGUUUUUGCGUUUGUUUUGGUAGCGUUAAGCUGGGGUGGAAUCCUAGACCAGGGUUCACCCGGUCGACGGUCGAUGAUCGACAACAGGGAAACAGGGGGUGAUGAGGAAGCAGGCAUAGCGGUGUCUAGAUCUAGACACUGGUGUGUGUGCAGAUCUAGGCAGUGCGCGGCGAGAGAGGCGUAGUAGGACUGAGAGAGCCACGAUGCCGACCAGGAAUAGGCAAUACUGGGGGUUCAUAAAGAGUAAGAGAACGGUGGGUGGGCGUGACAAAAUCGUUCAAGAUUGUGUGGCCUGCGUAAUGCGAGCCCCAUCAGACCCCGCGACCAUAACUACGCCUCGGUUUUAUAUUUUUUAUGUUUUUUAAAUGUUGUUGUGUGUUUUUUUUGCUCGUUUCCAUGCUGGGUGCGGUGCCCCACACUGAUCGAGCUCGAAGGCAUCUUUUUUUUCUCAUUAUUUUGUUGUGUAAAAAGGUUAAUUAAUUUUUUUUUACCGCCAUCCAGAAUUAGCAAUCUAUGCAGCGUCGGUUCAGAGUGAAGUCCAGGCAUCGGAGUGCCGAACUAGUCCUCGAUCCUGCUACUACAGCGCGACGGCCGCGAGAACAAACACCCAGCCAGGCGACGCUUUUAAUGCAGACAGGCGGUGUCAGAGCGUAGCAGCCCCAUCUCAAUAUUGAUGAGGAGUGAUUCUCUGAACACGUCUCGUUGUGUCAGAGUGUGCUGAUGAGUUCAAUAAUCUCUCUCGUGAUCGGAAAGUCAGGGCUGAGGUUGUGUGGAUCCGGAGCAGCUGGGAGAACCGACGAUGCAUAAUCGCGUCCGCCACAACAUCUGAGAGGAUAAUUAUGUUGUGUAGCAGACAGAUAUCAUGUGGUGUUGUGGCAAUUUCGACCAACUACACGACUAGUCGAGGAACUAGAUUUUCCGGAAGUCGCAAGAUUUUUUUAUCGUAUGCUUUGAGAUUGAUCACGAGACCGGUUGCGGGGAGGGUGGUUGCUCGAGGAUGCAUCAGCGGUCCAGCAGGACAUUGGCAACUCUGUUGAUGCAUCAAUUCUCAUCAGCGAACAAGACGUUGUUAAACUCUUCGUGCUGUGUCACCGCUGGAUGGUCACCAUGUUUCUCUUUCCAAACAGCGCUACAUCUACGCACGAGCUACUCCAAGUUCACGACAGCAAGAGGCUUCUAACUGGUCUAGAGCCCUUCACCACGUCAACUCGGAUAGAAUUGGGUAGGAGAGAAGUGCACUCGCCGGAAACAACCAGAGAGAGGAAUCCGGUGAAGCUAGGCUCGUGUUCAGUAAUCCAGGGCAUUAUGAGAUUUGUCUGUAUCCUCGGAAUCUGGACAAAGCUGGCGUGGGGCAGUGCGAGCUGGACGCUGGUCGUGUGCCUGCUUCUUGCGAGAGGCCGUAAGGGUCAGCACAGCAACGAAUACACUCAGAGUUCAAGUAGCUACAGUGAUAGCUCUAACCUUUCCUACAGAGACCGUGUCUUGCUCUCAUCCUUGCACCUGGACGGCGCUCUUACAUUUUCCAACACAUCGUCAGCCGCAUCCGACUUCGGGCUCAUACACUUUUCAUUACCUGGUGCAAUUCUGUACCCUAAGUCGGUUCGCGACAUACAAGUGGUGAUCCGCGCGGUUCAUAGCGCCACAAGCUCGGAGCUGACUCUAGCUGCUAGAGGCCGUGGGCACUCUGUGCACGGCCAAGCUCAGGCGUUGAAUGGAGUGGUAGUAGAAAUGUCCUCAAUGAAGGGCAUCAAGGUUGCUCCACAUGGAGAGCCAGGGUUUCAGCAACCCUUCGUGGAUGCCGCAGGCGGGGAGUUGUGGAUUGACGUCUUGAGGGAGACCUUGAAGGAAGGAUUGGCACCCCGUUCGUGGACAGAUUACCUUUACCUCAGCAUCGGUGGCACUCUCUCGAACGCCGGCGUUGGUGGCCAGACAUUUCUCUUUGGACCCGAAAUUAGCAAUGUCUUGCAGCUCGACGUCGUCACAGGGACCGGUCACGCGGUCACAUGUUCUCCUACAAAGCACUCCGAUUUGUUUCACGGCGUUCUUGGCGGGCUAGGUCAAUUUGGAGUCAUAACGAGCGCUCGCAUUGUACUCGAGCCUGCUCAUGAGAAGGUCAGGUGGAUUCGAGCGAUGUAUACAGACUUCGCCACUUUCACAAGAGAUCAAGAGAUGCUCAUCUCGCAACCUCCACAGCACACAUUCGACUACAUUGAAGGUUUCGUGGUACUGAAGAACGAAGAUCCCAACAAUGGAUGGAAUUCGGUGCCCUUCGAUGCGAAGAAGAUCGACCCUAGCAUGAUUCCUGAAGAAGGAGGCUCCGUCUUGUACUAUAUCGAACUUGCCAAGAAGUUCAGCGGGGACAAUAUUCUCGGUCUGGAUCAGAUUGUGGAGCGAAUGAUGGCUCCGUUGAGUUUCAUACCAACCCUGGUGUUCACCACGGACGUCCCUUAUGCCAAGUUUCUCAACCGACUUCACGAUGUCGAGCUCAACUUGGCAUCACAAGGGCUGUGGGAUGUGCCCCAUCCAUGGCUGAACCUCUUUGUGCCUCGCUCUUCCAUCGCUUCAUUCGAUGACUUAAUUUUUAAGCAUAUGAUCAAAAGUGACUUCAGCGGACCCAUCCUAAUCUAUCCAAUUAAAGGAGAAAGGUGGGACUCACGCUCCUCCGCAGUGAUACCCGAUGAGAGCAUUUUCUACCUCGUCGCGUUUCUUCGCAUCUCCUUGCCAUCCUCAGGUCCUCUUCUGAGCACCUUAAUGGCCGAGAACGACAAGAUUAUGGAGAUCUGUCAUGACGCGGGCAUGGGAUGUAAAAUGUACCUUCCCGAGCACAACGACAUUCAGAGCUGGAAAACCCACUUCGGCAAACGGUGGGAGACUUUUGCUCGGAGGAAGAUGAAGUAUGAUCCUCACUUCAUUCUCGCUCCUGGUCAGAACAUCUUCCGUAACUCAAUGCGAGCUCUCCCCCACCCCGACCAUCCCCUGAUGUCUGCUACCCCCAUCGCUUGAACGCAUGCAAGCUAUGAUAUUAAGUAACGACAAGACCAUCCAGAAGGUGAAGAUUCGCUCGGCAAUGUUCUGUGACAUUGUCGGCAUCGACACCCUGCAAUCGACCCUGAGACGACGUGUGAGCAAUGGCCGCUUUCAUGGGAUGAUUGAUUUCGGAGAGCUCCUAAGAGAAGACCAAAUGGGGACGAUCCAGAGCGCAGUUAGUAUUCAACUAGGUCGCCGUAGGUGAACAUGUUACCGAAUUGGGUUCAAUUUGCGUGUUUUUACGGUUCAGAAACUUGUAAAGUAAAUACCACAGCGAUCAAGUCGAUUAGAUUAGCAAUCCUGACGGGUACAAACAAGCGGUCCGUGAGCCUCUGUCGGUUAUGUGAUUUGAUUUGACAAGCUUUAGGGUUUCGCAGUGCACAGCGUACCAUGCUCUUCAGCUUGGGCGUGACACUCCAGAAUUUUGCCGAUGACAUUAGGGAGUGAGUUUAUAGGGCUGAGGGAGCUGUUCACAGCUUGCGUCACCUGCCAGUGUAGAGGACACUGAAACACUAUUUUUCUCGGAGACAUAAUCAUGUCGAGUUGUUGAAACGUUGCCUUCGACAGCCUGCGGUAUUAAGUUGGCAAGUUCUAUUUUGGAAAGCCAAGGUUCCUGAAACCUCUAAUAGUAUCUUGCA